AUGGAGAUCGAGACGCGACUAAUCCUCGUACAAAAAAGCCGCUCUCUGAGCACUAGAAGACCUCUUUUAUCUAACUCUACGAUAUUUGCCAUGGAACAAUUUUGCACCUUCGACGCCAUUCUCUUUGUGUCUGACGGUCGCCCGCCUACUCUGGUUCAGCUCAUGACCAGUCCGCAAAUUUCAGCCCAACACGCGCCAUACGGUGCUCCGCAAACCCGGAUGCCUCACCCAGAGGUGUUCAUGGACUACAUCGCCGACGGUCUUGGAUCCAGGUCGUGGAAGUACCAGUUGGUUGAGGCGCUCGAUGGCAUGAACCGCAAGUUCACCAACCCCUACAUCAUUUUCUAUCCUGUCAUCUCUCGCGAUGGCAUGCCUUUCCCGAUUAACCAGUCUAUUCGUGACAUCCAAGGCCGUGCCUUUAGAGAGGAUCAAGCAUGGCGUGGCAACAUCGUCGUUGCGAAAUACCGCGAAAAUCCCUUCACGUCCAUGAUGGAUGCCUCCAUGGCCGACUUUCCAAUCCUCAAAAACUACUUUAUGACCCAUGGCGCGCCACGACAUGUACAACCCCACAACCAAAUGUAA